UGCAGAUCUAUUUUUACCACUGACUGCGACUAAAAAGCUAAAAACAUGAAAUAUUAUUUUGUAUUUAUUCAUAACGUUAAGCCGAUUUCUUGCUUGACUUCUUAAUAUUUAUUAACUUCGUCGGUCACUUUUCUUAUCUAAAGUAAUAAUUGAAAGUAGAAAUAAUUGAAUUUUCAUAUUAAUGGAUACAUUGGAAUAUUACUUUUCUGAUAAAUGCAUUUCUGUUAUUUGAUAAAUCUUACGAAGACCUUGUGAAUCUUUCAAGACUUAAAUCUGAGGGAAUGGCAAUAUACAUAGCGUGGUUUAUAGCCUUUAUGUUAUCUCGAAUAGAGGCUCUAAUGAUUGAGAGGAACAUUACUGAAUAUUUUACUAGUGAUGUUGUUCAAUCUUUUAAAAACAAUUGGGAAAAAUACAAGACUCCUUUAGAGAACGCUAUUUUACGGGCAUUGAAAGAAAAUUACGGAUAUAAAUCCAUGAAUGUGUAUGUGAGACGCAUGCAAGACCCAUACAAACUUUCCAAAGGCUAUUACCAUUCUGAUAAUCAAAUGCAAAUCACUCUAGCAGAUUUGGAAUUAGAUGAUUUGCCUUAUCUAUGGAUGCCAGAAGUGAAUUUCAUGCUACCUUCAAACGUAAUGCAAAUCGGUGCUAGUUUAAGCAAAAUAAUCGUUCGCGGUAACUAUGUAGCGUUCAGAAAUAAAUCCGAUAUUAUAUAUGACGUUAAAGAUCAAAACUUUUAUGAAAAUUCACCGUUUAGAUUCCAACAAGUGGAAAAUAUGGGGCAGUUGGGUAUAAUUAUCGAAGGAUGUAUUAUGACGGGCAUGGUGAUGGCUAUACUUAGCGGUUCAUCCGUCGAUUUAGGAUUCAAUAAUUUUAAACUUUCUAAAUGCCAAUACACCUUUGAGAUAUCAACGCCAGGAUCUGGGUCGCCUCCAGUUGUAGCGAAAUAUCAUCCAAUGGGAAAUGGUUUGACCAUAGAGAAUUUACUGAUGAGGUCGUUACGAGAGGAGCUGAUGCCAAAGCUACAAGCGACUAUGUUCAGUUUUGUCAACACGUCUGUUUUACUGGGCGAUGCUCUUACCACACUUCAACAAAAACAGCAAGGGUUAUUCUUUAUCACAUAUUCAUAUGUGAACUUUGUUGUUAGGAACUUAAAUAGGAUUGCUAUUGAAAAGAAUUCAGGAGUCGUCGAUAUCGAAGAUUUUCAUUUGUAUUGGAAUGAUACGUUUGAGGGUAAGCCAGUCCAAAGUGAUAUUUCUUUAACAAAAAUGGUUUUGAGCGGUUUGGAGACGGCAUAUUCGGCUAAUAUUGGUGGCCCGUUCAAACAGGAUCAGCUUCAGCUCAGUGAGGAGAUAAGGUUCAGCACUUUAAGGGUGCGUGGUGCUAUAUGCUAUCAAAGCGACCGUAAAUAUGAAUAUAAUUUCGUCGCUGAAAUGGAGGAUGUUGCAGUAGAAAUACUAUUUUACGUAGAUAAGCCAGAAUCACGAAAGCAAUUGAUAAAAUUAAAACCUAAAAGAAAUCAACAACGAUUUUAUGUGGUUGGAUGGAGGCGACUUGAGUUAUCAAUACCCCGUGUGAAUUUUAUUUAUGCCGAUGCUUUAGUGACUGGUUUUCUGUUGAAGUCGAUACCAAAAUAUAUAUUGGAACAUUUAAAUCAGAAUUUCGAUAAAGCAAUAGAACAAACUGCUAGUGGCAAAUGGGAAAAAUUGUGUUUUGGUCCAUGUGGUCCUCUUGGAAGAAACACGGAAUCUAAUUAUUAUUUUAAUAAUAGUAUGAUCUUUAACAACAACCAAUUUAUUAAUAGUACUUUUGUAGGUUAAAAUUUAGAACCUCUUAAAUACAAAGGGGUUAAGAUAUGUAAAACUCAACUUUAUGUCCACUUUGGGCUUCCUGCAAAAAAUAAUGUAAGCAUUCUUUGUAAAUAUUUUUCAAGAAAUAAGUAGUUUGGCUUAUGGUCUUUUGCACA